CGCAAUCAGAUGAAAUGAAAUGAAAUGAAAAGAAAAGAAAAGGGGCAUUCACAGGCGAAUCACGCCCCGGGCCAUGUGAGCAGGAGUAGGAGUAGAGCGUUGCUCUGAACUUUCAGGAAGCUUCUUUACAUGCAUUGUUUCUGAAUUUACUCUUGUCUUGAAAACCGCUUCCCCGAUACUCUCUGCGAUGGCCUCCACUGGCGAAGGGAGGAAGCAGCAAUUCGCAAGUGCUGCAGAUGGGAACGCACCUCUCAAGUAUCCAAGCUUCAAGUCUCCUCCUAAGCCUAGCCUCACCGAUACCGUCAUAGAUGUGUCUCCUGAGGAGGAGGAAGAAACUGCUUUCCCUUUGAGAGAAGACCGUCCACUAGUCCAAGACGUGUGUACUAUCUCCGUCUUACCUGACGAAGGCAAUACUGUCCCGCCGCAAUGUACCUCCUCUCAGUUUACUCUCUUGAGCUUCGUCAAGGCUCUGCUUCCUUCUAAAAACCAGAUGUUCAUCGACGCGCAACUCAACUGUCAGAAGACUCAGAACCGGAUCAAUGUUCUUCUGGGAGGCACUGAUUCCUACCAGUAUUGCGUCGUGGACAUUAACGUCGAGAAAGGGAACGGUGGUGAGGCCCAUGACGGAGGAGUCGUUGGAAAUGUCAAGUCCGAGAGUGUACAUAUGCAGAAGGUAUUGCAGAGACAAGCAAGCAUGACCACUGAUAAAGCUAUCUCAGAGAGAUGCCAUGAUGCACCAGCCAACAGGUGGAGAAGAUACAAGCGUGCCGCUUCAUUUGAUUCUAGGAAAAUCGUCAUCCUGUUCUCCAUCUUAUCAAGUGUGGGAACGUUGAUAUUGAUCUACUUGACACUGAGAGUGAGGCAAAGCGGAGACAACAGCUUCAAUCAUAUGUAGCCAAAACUGUGGAACAGCUCUUUUGUCCUCCUUUCUUCUUCUUCUUCUUAGCUGUCUCUGUUUUGAAUCUCUUGUAAGAAAAACUGGUCUUCUGUUGCAAGUUUCCAUAAUGUUGAUAAAGACUUACUCUGUGAA